UCCUCAAGCAGAAACACAGACCCAACAGACUCAUUGUGGACGAAGCUCUCAAUGAAGACAGCAGCAUUGUCAGCCUGCCACAGAAUAAGAUGGAGGAGCUGCAGCUCUUCCGGGGUGACACGGUGGUGUUGAAAGGGCGGAAGUGUCGCCAAACGGUGUGCAUCGUCCUGACUGAUGACACCUGUGGGGAUGAACGAAUCCGCGUGAAUCGUGUGACGCGCAACAACCUACGCGUCCGGCUCGGUGACAUCAUCAGUAUUCAUGCCUGCCCUGACAUCAAGUACGGGAAAAAGAUCCAUGUCCUCCCAAUAGAUGAAACCAUUGAGGGCCUGACGGGAAACCUCUUUGAGGUUUUCCUCAAACCGUAUUUUCUGGAGGCUUACCGGCCCGUACAUAAAGAUGACAUCUUCUUGGUGAGGGGGAGCAUGCGGGCGGUGGAGUUCAAAGUGGUGGAGACUGACCCCAGCCCUCACUGCAUUGUUGCCCCAGACACUGUCAUCUACUGUGAGGGAGAACCCAUCAAAAGAGAGGAUGAGGAGGAGAGCCUUAAUGACAUCGGCUACGACGACAUCGGAGGCUGCCGGAAGCAGCUGGCCCAGAUCAAAGAGAUGGUGGAGCUUCCUCUCAGACACCCCGGGCUUUUCAAGACUAUAGGAGUUAAGCCUCCCAGAGGUAUCCUGCUGUACGGCCCUGCAGGCACAGGAAAGACCCUGGUGGCCCGGGCAGUAGCCAACGAAACUGGUGCCUUCUUCUUUCUCAUUAAUGGUCCUGAAAUCAUGAGCAAGCUGGCGGGAGAGUCAGAGAGCAACCUAAGAAAGGCAUUUGAGGAGGCGGAGAAAAACGCUCCGGCCAUCAUCUUUAUUGAUGAGCUGGAUGCCAUCGCUCCCAAGAGAGAGAAGACACAUGGUGAAGUGGAGAGGCGUAUAGUCUCCCAGCUCCUGACCCUGAUGGAUGGUCUGAAGCAAAGAGCUCAUGUGGUCGUCAUGGCAGCUACAAACCGGCCAAACAGCGUGGACUCUGCUCUGAGACGCUUCGGCAGGUUUGACCGGGAGAUUGACAUUGGAAUCCCUGAUUCGACUGGCAGACUGGAGAUCCUGCAGAUUCACACCAAAAACAUGAAACUGGGUGACGACGUCGACCUGGAGAGGAUCGCCACAGAGACCCACGGUCAUGUAGGCGCCGACAUAGCUGCUCUGUGCUCAGAAGCUGCUCUGCAAGCCAUCCGCAAGAAGAUGGUCCUCAUAGACCUUGAGGAUGAAUCCAUUGACGCUGACCUGCUCAACUCGCUGGCUGUCACCAUGGAUGACUUUGAAUGGGCGCUGAGUCAGAGCAACCCAUCAGCUCUGAGAGAGACUAUUGCAGAGGUGCCUCAGGUGAACUGGCAGGACAUCGGAGGACUGGAUGAGGUCAAGAGAGAACUGCAAGAGCUCAUCCAGUACCCUGUCGAGUAUCCGGACAAGUUCCUGAAGUUUGGCAUGACUCCAUCUCGUGGAGUAUUGUUUUAUGGUCCUCCAGGCUGUGGGAAAACUCUACUAGCCAAGGCCAUCGCCAACGAGUGCCAAGCAAACUUUGUCUCCAUCAAAGGACCUGAGAUGCUCACCAUGUGGUUUGGAGAAUCAGAGGCCAAUGUCAGAGACGUGUUUGAUAAGGCCAGACAGGCGGCCCCCUGUAUCCUGUUUUUCGACGAGUUAGACUCCAUUGCCAAAUCCAGAGGAGGCGGAGGUGGGGAUGCGGGUGGUGCAGCUGACAGAGUCAUCAACCAGAUACUCACAGAGAUGGACGGCAUGUCCGACAAAAAGAACGUUUUCAUUAUUGGUGCCACAAACAGACCAGACAUCAUAGACGCUGCCAUCCUGCGGCCGGGCCGUUUGGACCAGCUCAUCUACAUCCCGCUCCCAGACAAACCAUCUCGCAGAGCAAUCCUAAACGCCAACCUACGCAAGUCCCCUGUGGCACGGGACGUGGACCUUGAAUACCUGUCUGGCAUCACAGACGGUUUCUCUGGAGCUGACCUGACAGAGAUCUGCCAGCGAGCUUGCAAGCUGGCCAUCCGUGAGGCCAUCGAGGCCGAGAUCAAGGCUGAGCGUCAGAGGCAGAACAGACCAGGCAUCCCCAUGGAUGAGGACUUUGAUCCAGUCCCAGAGAUCAGGAAGGACCACUUUGAAGAGGCGAUGCGAUUUGCCCGUCGCUCUGUCAGUGACAACGAUAUCCGCAAAUAUGAAAUGUUUUCUCAAACUCUGCAGCAGAGCCGAGGUUUUGGAAACUUUAGGUUCCCAUCUGCUACUGGAACCCGGUCUGGAGGUCAGGAGUCAGGUUCUGGGUCAGGCCUGUACAGAGAGGAAGGCAAUGAUGAUCUCUACCAGUGAGAAAAAACACUCUGCACAAUGUUUUCCUCGUGCUUGUCUUCCUCGGAGGAAUGGAAACAUAAGAAUAAUGGGAGUGCAAAUGGGGAAGAUGACAAAAAGGGGAAAACUUGGAGACAUAAUAGAAAUAAUAAUUAUAAAGAAUCUUUUUUUAAAAGACGUCAAACAAGAAAUCACAUGAAAAAUGUUUAUCUCUGAAGGAUGUCCUAAGGUUGAGUUUUUAUGUAAAAAACACUGCACUUGUAAGACAUAGUCACUGACAUAAAAAAUAGUUUUAACUAUAAUAACAUCAGACUUUGAGUUUCCACUAAUC